AGGUUCAGCACGAGGCUGCACAAUGACAAUGACUGAUUGGGAUUAUGACUUUCUGAUCAAGCUCCUGUCGUUAGGGGAUUCUGGAGUAGGGAAGACCACAUUCCUCUACAGGUACACAGACAACAAGUUCAACCACAAGUUCACCACCACAGUGGGAAUAGACUUCAGGGAAAAGAGAGUGACGUAUUUGGGGACUGGCUCUGAUGGAACGACAGAGAAGACUUUUAAAGUGCACCUACAGCUCUGGGACACAGCAGGGCAGGAGAGGUUCAGAAGUCUCACCACAGCCUUCUUCAGAGACGCCAUGGGCUUCCUGCUCAUGUUUGAUCUAACCAAUCAGCAGAGUUUUCUGAAUGUCAGGAACUGGAUGAGUCAGCUGCAGGCAAAUGCCUAUUGUGACAGUCCAGACAUAGUCUUAGUUGGCACCAAAGCAGACCUUAAAGACCUGAGAGAUGUACAAGGAAAACAAGCCAGAGACCUGGCGGACAGAUAUGGUAUCCCCUACUUUGAGACGAGUAGUGCCACAGGGGCUGAGGUGGCCCAGGCAGUGACCACUCUGCUGGACCUGGUGAUGAGACGCAUGGAGCAGAGCACAGAGGGGCCUGUGUCAGAGGCUGCCAAUGGGAGUGCUGCCAGUAACGACGAGGCUGAAACCUCUACCAGCAGGAGGUGUGCCUGUUAGGAUGUAGGGAUGUCCAUCCAUUCAAAUGUGUAACUAUUGCAUCUGGGGAGUAUUAUUACAUUAGAAAGUUGAAUUAUCCCAUACAGUAUUUAUAGGAAGUGUAUUAUCCUCUUAUGCAUUAAUGUGUGUUUGUCUGGAUUGAUAACUGCCGCACUGUCAAGCUAUAUAUUCCCAACCUGGCCAUCAUUACCUGCUGAGUCUGUACAUGUACUGUAUGUUAAUGAUAUGAAACGAGCAAAAGAACACACAAUCUAAUACUGUAAAAUGAUUCAAAGUAAAUGAAAGCACCAUGUGUAUGUACAUCUCAAACUGAUAUUUGCAAUAUGACUAUGCUUUGUGUGAUUCUAAAUAGGUAAAUACUAAUUGGAAAUGUUUGAAGAAAAGUUGUAUAUCAGAUUUUUUAUUUUUUUAUUUUAUUUGACAGAUUGAAGCAUUGAUGGAAGGAAAAUACAGGCACAUACAUUUAUCAUUGACAAUAUAUAAUCCUAACAGAUUAUGCAACAACUCAUUAACAAUCAUGGUUAUUUCCUUAAAUGCAAAUGAGAAAAUGUAUUAUUCUGUUUCACAAACCAAGAUAGCAAAGUGCAUUACAGGAUCCAUGAGUUCUAUAUGACAAGGAGCACAUUUGGUGUUCAGCUUGAUUAUUAGUGGAACAAAAUUGUCAUGCACAUUGAAUAAAGUAUAGAACAUGUUUAUAGCCCAUAAAUACUGUCAACCCAGACAAAAAUGAUUUGAAUAUGUUUUAAUACAAAGUCUUCAGAGUAAAUGCAGUCAUUUUAAAUAAAGUUAAUGUCUGUUUUACCAAUGA